AUGGCUUACCUACCCUUGACUUCAAAUGUAGAACCCGAAUUUGCACCCAGAAAGAACAUUAGAGCAUUACGGUUGGGGGUCGGGGAAGGGGCCUAUCGGUGUCCCCUCUCCCCUCGGGGGAGUAGGCAAGGAGGUUGGGGCAACCGCGGGUACACCGUUCGACAAUUUUUCCACAUAGAAAAACUUUGCACCAGCAUGGCUUCUAUUAACACCAGCGACUUACACCGGAUUUUCGAAAAGCUUGACCAAAAUGGAGAUGGCCUUGUCAGCCUUGAUGAGUUGAAAUGGCUCCUUGAGAAAAUUGGUCUACACACCAGCCUAGACGAGGUUGAGUUAUCGUUGGGCAAAACUAGUCUCGACGCUAUUGAUUUCUUGUUCUUUUACGAUGCUGUCAUCAAGGGUAACGUAGGCGAAAGCAAAGAAGGGGAGGAAAGUAACAACCUGGAGACAGACCUUGUUGAGGCUUUCAAGAUUUAUGAUUUAGAUGGAGAUGGAUUUAUUUCGUGCGAGGAGCUUCAGAGCGUGUUGUCGAGAUUAGGAUUAUGGGACGAACAUUGUGGCCGGGAUUGUAAGAGCAUGAUUAACGUUUAUGAUGCAAACUCUGAUGGGGUGAUUGAUUUUGAAGAGUUCAAGAACAUGAUGUUGCUUACUAAUCUAUAG